GUGAAACACGUCCCUUAAUAUUCGGCCACAGUACGUACCCAAAUACAAUUUAAUGUCAGUUGAAAGAUCCACACGCACUCUCUAACAGUUUUAAACUCUCACUGCAAUUCUUCAUUUCCUCCUAACUUUUCUGUUCAUUUCCCCCAUUUUCUCUCUCGAUAACCAAAAUCGGGAGAAAUUUGUGCCGUAAAUUUUUCUCCCACAAAAGAAAAAUAAAAUAAGCAACAAAAAAAGAAAAAAAAAAUGAGGAAUACAGCAAAUAGUAAGAACCGUAAGUUGGAAACCGUUUGCGCCGCUUGUCGAUACCAACGCAAAAGAUGUCCUCCCGAUUGUCCUCUUGCCCCAUAUUUCCCAUCCAAUCGCGAAAAUGACUUUCACAAUGCACGCAAACUGUUUGGUAUAAACAAUAUGUUGAAGCUCAUCAAAAAUCUCGACCCUCCAAACAAACACAUUGCAAUGAAAUCCAUCAUCUUCCAAGCCAACAAGCGCGCUCUUGACCCUGUUGGUGGCUGUCACCGUAUUAUACUCGACUUGGAGCUCCUCAUCCAGGCUUACACUUCCGAGCUUCAACACGUACUUCACAAACUUGACCUCUGCCGCAAGAAAGCUCUAUCGGGUCCUUUUCCAAUGCCGCCUUCUUGUGGUUAUCCUCUUCAGCCGCCUGUUGGGACUCAUCAUCAAGCUCUGCCUUAUAAUAAUAAUAACCUUCAACAGCAGCAUACUGACACUUGUCUGCCUUUUGGUUUUCUACAACCAGUUGAAGAGGAACAUGGUCUUCAGGAAAAUUACUAUUUUGGGGUUGAUGUUGUUUUAAAUGAUGGUGAAGCUGUGAGUGUUGUUGAUUGGAAGGUAAAGGAAGAAAAACAAACUGACUUUAACCUUGACCCAGUUGGGGAAAACAAUCAAACACAUAGGUUACACUCCACGGGGACUAUUCAAAGCAGUGACAAAGCUGUAUCAGAAGAAGAUGUCAAUGCAACCUUGCAAAAGCCAUAGAUAGAGAGCAAGAGAAUAUACAAAGAUCAUUAGCAAAUAGCAAGAGAAUGUGAGCUGCAGAUCAAUGCAUAUGUUAGACUUAUUGAAAGUUUCUCUCAUUUUGUUCUUGUGUGUUGUUUGGUUUCCAUAUCACCUGACUUUGUCUUUCUUAUGUAAUAUCAAACAGUAUGUAACAAAAAAAGAAAAAGAAAAGAAAAAAGUAAAUAUGAACUGAAAAGGGAAAAGAAAAGAUUAGUUUAAAAGUUAGAUGAGGAAACUAAUUUCUGUGACAUUGUAGAACUGUACAGAGUGGAUUCAAUAUUUGCUCGGAUAUCCAACUACAUUUUAUUUUAUUUUUUUGUAUUUAGGGGAUGUUUUUUUUUUUUUUUCCUAAUUUGCUUGCACAUAGUAAGUGGACAAGCUGUGAAAUAUGUUUUGCAUUCACUGUUUAACCCUUUGAUUAUUUGUUUUGCCCGGUCUGAUUUCCGUUAUUUCUGUUACAAGUUCAUCUGUGUUCCCUUGGAUUUCCCAUGAUUAAAUUCAUGGUCAUUUGGUUUUUCAAAAUUGGAUAUUAUGAAUAGCCUAUAAGUUGAAAAUUGGAUUUUAAUUAGCUUAUUGUAUCUGCAAUGCUACUAAAUGUCUAAAUUUGUUAAAUUAUAGUCAGGAGUAGAAGUAUCUGUUUGGACUAGACAGGUAGACACAUGCAAAUCGCAAUCAUAAAUUUCAUAGACCUGGAAUCAGCAUUAACGUUGACAGGCCACAUCCAGGAAAAAACAGACCUGUAAACCUCUUUGCCACAAAGGCUAUGGAGUCUGGACCCCAGUUCCAGCCCAUAAGGCAUAGACACCACCUUGCGAAGGAAAAUGUACAUACCCUGGUCCAAGUACAUGUCAAAGGAGACAAAUUAUGUGAGAUUGUGGCCUUCGUUUCUCGUAUUAACUGGUUAUCAGCUCUUCUUCAUCUGUUUCGACUUCACAUGUAUAAAUUAGCCAUUUCUAAAGCCAAUAAAGAACGAGCUGUCUAACCGUUAGACCUAUCGGC